AUGCUCUGGACCGAAUGGUUUGUGAGGAAGGAGGAGAUGCCUACCUCUCUUCUAGAUGACUUUCUUCUCCUCUCCCAUUUAGUCUCCAUGAAUUUAGUUAUUUGGAAUUGCAGGGGGGCCUUGAAACCUUCCUUUCAAAAUCAUGUUAGGGAUUUGGUUGCUCUGCAUGACCCAUCCAUUUUUGUUGUGAUGGAAACCCACAUCGGAGGUGAUAGAGCCAAAGAUAUCACUGAUCGACUUCCCUUUCAAGGAGCUAUUCACACUGAUACCAUAGGUUUUGCUGGUGGCCUUUGGUUACUUUGGGACACUGACAGGGUGGAGAUUACCAAUCUGGCUAGCACAGAGCAAGAAAUCCAUGUCCUCAUCGAGGUGAAAUCUUCUAAUCUUAGUUGGUUUUUUACUGUAAUUUAUGCUAGUCCUAGGUUUAGGGAAAGAAAGUUUCUCUGGAAUAAUUUAUCUAUUGUUGCCAAUUCUCAUAAUAUGCCUUGGUUAAUGGCUGGUGACUUUAAUGAAUUACUCUCUGCUAAUGAUAAAUUUGGUGGUAGACCCAUCAUCCCCUCUAGGGCCACUGCCUUUAAAGAAUGUCUUGAUUUCUACAAUAUGGCUGACCUCGGCUUCCAAGGUCCGAGGUUUACAUGGACUAAUAAAAAUGAUAGCUUCUGGUUAUCGGACUCCUCAUUCCCAAAUAUUGUUCGCAAUGCGUGGGCAAACCAGUCCAACCUGGAUCAAGCUACUAUAAAGUUUGUAAGAGAAGCUCUAAUCUGGAAUAGGGAACAUUUUGGAAAUAUCUUUGUCAAAAAGAAAAGGUUGUUAGCUAGAUUAUUGGGCAUUCAAAAGGCCAUGGCAAGCAGACCCAGUGUGUUUCUAGUAAACCUGGAAAAGCAACUUCAAGGGGAGCUUAAUAAGGUGUUAAAUCAUGAAGAAGAAUUGUGGGUGAUGAAAUCCCGCAUUAACUAG